AUGGAUUUGGCCAAUUAUUUUUCAAUUUUCCUUUUUGUGGCACUCAUUGCCAAGAUUUUGUUACAAUGGCUAGAUCACAAGUCCCAAAGCAAAACCAAAAGGCUUCCUCCAGGCCCACCAAGAUGGCCCAUUUUCGGUAACCUCCUUCAGUUGGGCCAACUCCCACACAGGGACUUUGCAUCAUUUUGUGACAAAUUUGGGCCGCUUGUCUACCUCCGCCUAGGCAAAGUCGACGCCAUCACCACCAACGAUCCUGAAAUUAUCCGUGAAAUUCUUCUCCGGCAAGAUGACGUCUUCGCCUCCCGUCCGCGGACUCUCGCAGGGAUCCAUCUGGCUUACGGCUGCGGCGAUGUUGCAUUAGCACCAAUGAGCCCACAUUGGAAGAGAAUGAGGAGAAUUUGCAUGGAGCACCUGUUAACAACUAAGAGGCUUGAAUCAUUUGCAAGGCAUCGGGCAGACGAAGCCCAACAUCUAGUGAAGGAUGUGUGGGCCCAAGCCCAAAAUGGAAAGCCCAUAAAUUUGAGGGAAAUAUUAGGUGCUUUCUCAAUGAAUAAUGUCACUAGGAUGUUAUUAGGGAAACAAUACUUUGGGGCUGAAUCUGCUGGCCCAAAUGAAGCCAUGGAGUUCAUGCAUGUGACUCAUGAAUUGUUUAAGCUUUUGGGUGUUAUUUAUUUGGGUGAUUAUUUGCCCUUUUGGAGGUGGAUUGACCCUUAUGGUUGUGAGAAGCAAAUGAGAGAAACUGAGAAAAUAAUUGAUGAAUUUCAUGUGAAGAUUAUUGAAGAACAUAGAAAGGCAAGAGAGAGGAAGAGAAAAGAAAUUCAAAGAGAAGAAGAUGAUUUGGACUUUGUUGAUGUUUUAUUGUCUUUGCCUGGUGAAGAUGGACAAGAGCACUUGAAUGAUGUAGAGAUGAAAGCUCUAAUCCAGGAUAUGAUAGCCGCGGCAACAGAUACAUCAGCGGUGACCAACGAAUGGGCAAUGGCAGAAGUGAUCAAGCAUCCACGUGUCCUCCGUAAGAUUCAACAUGAGCUUGAUGUCGUUGUGGGACCCAAUAGGAUGGUAAUGGAGUCUGAUCUAGUCCACCUUAACUACCUACGCUGCGUGGUACGUGAAACAUUCCGGAUGCAUCCAGCUGGGCCAUUUCUCAUCCCGCAUGAAUCUUUACGGGCCACCACCAUCAACGGAUACCAUAUCCCGGCCCAAACACGAGUAUUCAUCAACACUCAUGGGCUAGGUCGAAACACCAAGAUAUGGGCCGAUGUGGAGGAGUUUAGGCCCGAGAGACAUUGGCCUGCUGAUGGAAGCCGAGUCGAAAUAAGCCAUGGAGCCGAUUUCAAGAUUCUUCCAUUCAGUGCGGGCAAGAGGAAGUGUCCAGGUGCGCCGCUAGGCGUGACCUUGGUGCUUAUGGCUUUGGCUCGAUUGUUUCACUGUUUUGAUUGGGCUCCAACGGAUGGGCUAAGGCCCGAAGAUGUUGACACAACUGAGGUUUAUGGAAUGACCAUGCCCAAGGCCCGGCCCAUGUUUGCCGUUGCCAGGUCUCGGCUGGCAGAUCAUAUGUACAAGUGA